CCUUACCCACCCUCCUUGGGGCCAACCCCUACAAUGGAGUCUCUCUUCCUACUUGCUUUCUCUCUCCUAGCCUUAAUCAUAUCAGUGAAGCUCUUGUAUAGCAAAAGAUUCAAGCUUCCUCCAGGUCCAAGGCCAUGGCCAUUGUUUGGCAACUUACAUGAAAUAGAGCCUGUUAGGUUCAGGUGUUUUGCAAAGUGGGCUGAGCGCUAUGGACCCAUUAUGUCUGUUUGGAUUGGAGGAAGCCUCAAUGUUAUUGUAUCGAGCCCUGAAUUGGCCAGAGAGGUGCUCAAAGAGCAGGACCAGCAUCUAGCUAAUAGACAUAGAACAAGGUCUGCUGCAAAGUUCAGUAGAGAGGGAACUGACCUUAUCUGGGCUGAUUAUGGUCCUCACUAUGUCAAGGUUAGGAAGCUUUGCACUCUAGAGUUGUUCUCAGUUAAGAGGCUUGAGGCACUUAGGGCCAUAAGGGAGGAGGAGGUCUCGGCCAUGGUGGAGUCCUUGUAUACGGAUUGCAAAGGAAAAUCUGAAGAAAGGUUGGUGUUGAGGACGUAUCUCUCAGUUGUGACCUUCAACCACAUCACUAGGCUAGUGUUUGGGAAGCGAUUCAUUAACUCCAAGGGAGAGAUGGAGGAGCAAGGGAAGGAGUUUAAGGACAUUGUGGCCACAGGCAAUGAGCUUAGUGCAUCGUUGUCCAUAGCUGAGCACCUGCCAUGGCUGCAAUCCCUAUUCCCAUUAGAGGUAGAGGCCUUUGAUAAACAUUGGGACCGUCGUGACCGACUCACACGCACCAUCAUGGAAGAGCACACAAAGGCACGUCUCGAGUCUGGUAGCGAGCAACAGCACUUUGUGGGUGCACUUCUCUCGUUGCGUGAUGAAUACGAUCUUAGCGACGAUACAGUCACAGGCCUACUUUGGGACAUGAUCCAGGCCGGCAUGGACACAAUAGCCAUAACAUGUGAGUGGGGCAUGGCAGAGCUCAUUCGGAACCCUCAAGUACAAGCCAAAGCGCAAGAGGAGCUCGAUAGAGUCAUCGGAGACAAGCGCGCAAUGACAGAGUCUGACUUCUCGCAGCUCCCAUAUCUGAGGUGCAUUGCCAAGGAGUCCUUACGUCUCCAUCCCCCCACCCCCCUAAUGCUCCCACACAGAGCCUCAAAGCACAUCAAGCUCGGCGGCUAUGACGUGCCUAAGGGUUCCAACGUGCACGUGAACGCCUGGGCGAUCGCUAGGCAUCCGGAUACCUGGAAGGACCCUACAGUAUUUCGUCCUGAGAGGUUCCUAGAAGAUGAUGUCGACAUGAAAGGCCAGGACUUUAGGCUCCUGCCAUUCGGAUCUGGUAGGAGAAUUUGCCCUGGAGCCACAUUGGGGACUUACCUUCUUCAAUUGAUGCUAGGCAGGAUGUUACAUGGUUUCAGAUGGACCACAAUAGAUGCCUCGAGCAUCGAUAUGUCCGAGGACCCGGGCCUAGUGGCCUUCAUGACCACUCCACUGGUGGCUGUGGCCACCCCAAGGCUGCCUUCUGAUUUAUACUCAUGUCAGUCCAUGAAAGUGUGAAGUCUAUUGUAUCGACGAUGGUUGGAUCGACGGUCGAUAAUGGCCCGACGAAGAUUGUGAUAUUAAAUCCGUCGCUCAUUGAGGAAACAUACUGGAAGUAAGAGGUGUGAAUGCUUCGGAUGAUAAUAAAAAAAAAUCAUAUCAAAGGUGUGAAUGCUUCGGAUGAUAAUAAAAAAAAAUCAUUGAUAUGGAUGUAUAUUGCUUUUUUAGUAGUUCUUAGGACAUGUUUGAAUCCCUUUGGAAAGGUUGAGAAAACAAUGUAGAGAUGAGUUUCACUUAGUAUAGGAGAGAAUAUGUUUUAUGAGGAGAAAAUAUAAAUUAGUGUUUGAUUGGUUAA